AUGUCGAAAGAUCAAGUGAAGAAAGACCAAAUGAUACCUAAGAUCUCAAAAACCAAGCAUUUAUUGGAAUCAAGGGAACAAAAUGUUAAAGACAGUCCUCUUGCAAUAAGUCAACAAAAUAAAAUUGAAGGCGUAACAGCUGUAAUUGAUUGCUCGAAGCCAACGCAGGCGAAAAUAUCCAGUGAGACUUCGAAAUCGUCUCCUCAGGGAAAAAUACUUAUUGAAGCACCAAAGGUUUCUCUAAAAUCAUCUGCUCAAUCAUCACAGCAAUCCGCAAAUAAAUCUAGUAAAUCAGCACAACAGAAAUAUAGUCCCACACGGGCAAUUCCGCAACAAACUCCAACAAAAGGAGUUCUUCGUAUGGCGACAACGACUGUACAGCAACAUACUGCGAUGACUGGUCCUUCAUCAAGUGCACAUCAUCAUACCAAUCCUAUUGGUGUAACUCAUUUUAAUAGCGCACAACCAUCGCAUCAUGGAGCCCAUCCUAGUUCCAGCUCAACACAUCAUAACUCUGGUGGACAAAGUCAUGGGAGUCAUCGAUCGACAUUAUCCUCUUCAAGGGUACAAGGAAGAUCACGAACUACUGACGAUCCUCACAUAGGAAAAUACAAAUUGCUGAAGACAAUAGGAAAAGGGAAUUUUGCGAAGGUGAAGCUUGCUAGACAUAUGACAACAGGGAUUGAAGUUGCUAUCAAAAUAAUCGACAAAUCGGCUCUAAAUCCUAGCAGUCUGCAUAAGCUUUUUCGCGAAGUGAAAAUAAUGAAACAAUUGGAUCAUCCAAAUAUCGUGAAACUUUAUCAAGUAAUGGAAACAGAUCAAACGUUAUAUCUCGUAAUGGAAUAUGCAAGUGGCGGUGAGGUAUUCGAUUAUCUUGUGGCACAUGGUCGUAUGAAGGAAAAAGAGGCUCGUGCCAAAUUUCGUCAGAUUGUUUCUGCAGUACAAUAUCUUCACCAAAAAAACAUUAUACAUAGAGAUCUUAAGGCGGAAAAUCUUCUUCUGGAUGCAGAUAUGAAUAUCAAGAUUGCCGAUUUCGGUUUCAGUAAUCAGUUCGUUGUAGGCAAUAAAUUGGACACUUUUUGCGGAAGUCCGCCCUAUGCUGCUCCUGAAUUAUUCCAGGGUAAGAAAUAUGAUGGUCCUGAAGUAGAUGUGUGGAGUUUGGGAGUGAUAUUAUAUACGCUUGUAUCAGGUAGCCUGCCUUUUGACGGACAAAAUCUGAAGGAGCUACGCGAGCGCGUAUUGCGAGGGAAAUAUCGUAUUCCCUUUUAUAUGUCCACUGACUGUGAGAACCUCUUAAAAAAAUUUUUGGUAUUGAAUCCUGCGAGAAGGGGUACUCUCGAAGCUAUAAUGAAAGAUAGAUGGAUGAAUAUUGGAUAUGAAGACGAUGAACUAAAACCUUUUGGCGAACCUAAGAAAGAUAUGAAGGAUGAAAAACGAAUCGAGUUAAUGCAACAAAUGGGAUAUAGUCGAAAUGCAAUAAUGAGUUCACUGGAGCAAGGAACUUUCGAUGAUAUUCAUGCGCUUUAUAUUUUACUGGGAGAACAAAAACAUGAGUUGGACUCUGAAGCAACGCUUAAUAUUCCCGUUGCUCCUGUUUCCACGCAAAACGUAUCAGCUGUUCCUCAUGGGAUAACACAGAGCCAAGCUCAACAUUCUCAUUCUACGCAUUCCCCUAAAUAUGGUCUACGAUCAAUGUCCGCGCAAGUUCCCUCAAACAAAACAUCACGAAGAAGCUCACAAGAUCCACAAAUGCAGGCUGCGAUCGCUGUAUUGUCACCUCCGGCGACGAAUGCUGUUGACUCUGGCGGAAAUAAUUCUAAUGCAACGAGAAAUUCAGGAAUUACUCAGGUUGCUCUUCGUCAUGGUGUCGGACAAUCGAAUACGAGACAAGCCUUUAGUAUGCAGCCCGGACAUAUAAUGCCGGGCUACCCACAAAGUGUAAUGCCUGUUAUUGGAGCAACACCAAGGGGAGGUUCAGUUGGUGUGGCUGGUACUCGUAAAGCAUCUAUACCUGGUAGAGUUCCGUUAGCAAAUUUAGGAGUUCGAUCAAGUGCUAUGACUGGUCCUCAGCGAUAUGUUUAUCCUAAUGCGGAGCCGAAAUCACCGACAGGCAACAAUGGUUCAACGUCAGCUCGAGGAUUACCAACUUUUUCUCUUGUCGUUAACCCUUCUGUACAUCUCGGAACCCAUCAAAAGCCCCAGGCUGUUCUAUCUAAUAUUAGUGCGGGUGCUGCACAGCUGCAGAAGAGUGGAUCAAUCUCUGCUCCUCCAACAGAGCCUGUAAUAAAAGAAGAUGAUAAUGAAAAUGUGGAUUCAAGCAUUACUGAUGAUGUUUCUGCUCAAGAAGUAACGUGCUUAUCCGACGAUGGUGGUAAUGGCAAUACAGUUAAUCAGUCAACAACAACUGAUAUUGUACAACAAUCGGAACUGAAAAUAGAUGCAAAAUUAACUGCUAUAUGUCAGUGGUACAUCUGUUUGACAUUUUAUAGACCUUCCAUGCAUACGAGUCCAUCCAUGCCUCCGAUUACCAUGAAGAAUAUGUCGACCAAUGAGUCCUCUUCGCAAGAAUCCCGAAGUGAAAGCCCAAAACUGACUAAAUCAGCUACUGGAAAUGUUCUUAUUACUCCUCAAACGACUGUCGGAUCAGGUCAACCACAGUUGGGUGCAAUAGGGUAUUCGAAUUUGCCAACAGUUUUGCAAAACCCGGCUUUUCCCCGUCAUACCCGAAGUCGACAGACAUUUCAUGGUAAAACGGAACAUAAUAAGGUAAAUACUGAUGAAGAUGAUACGGAAGCUGAAACAGUACAUACAGGAGUAGCUUCUGCUGGAGGUGGAGGUCCUCGUGGAUCGUUUCUAUCCAAGUUGACAAAGCUUACUCGCCGUCCAUCAAUUACCACUACGACUAGCGGAACAACUGCAGUAAGUCGCAGCAUUAUUAGUGGAAACCAUCAUCGGUAUGUUUCUCAUGUCUCUUUUGCAUUAUCCUUACAACCUGUAGAAGGAAAUUAUUUGUUACUUGCAACAAUUGCGGAAGGGUCUGCAGUGACAACGCCUGCUCCAUUGACAUCACCUGAGAUUUUAACGCCAUCGGGUGGACGCAAACCGGGAUCUACAGCCUUUGCCACAUCUCCCGCUAACGCUGUUACGGGGAAUAGUGGACCACAACAUCAUUUCCAUGUCGGUUUCAACCCAGUACCCACAGUUACAACGACGACCUGUGGUGGUGCGACUGGUGGCAGUGAUGAAGUCAAACCUCGAUCUUUAAGGUUCACUUGGAGUAUGAAAACAACCAGUUCACUUGCUCCAGAAGAAAUGAUGAGGGAGAUUCGCAAAGUUCUUGAUCAAAAUAAUUGCGAUUACGAGCAACGAGAGCGUUAUUUGUUGUUAUGUGUUCAUGGCGAUCCGAAUACAGAUUCUCUUGUGCAAUGGGAAAUGGAGGUUUGCAAACUGCCCCGGCUUAGUCUGAAUGGUGUGAGGUUCAAGCGAAUAUCUGGAACAUCGAUAGGAUUCAAAAAUAUAGCAUCGAAGAUAGCACAAGAAUUAAAUCUAUGA